UAUUUCGGCGUUUCUGCAAAAGCACCGAGUCAGUCAUCGAGAUUGUUUGCCCGCUUUUUGAUAUCUUGCGUACCAUCAAUCGACAGCAUAGCUCGGAAGUUCGACCAUGUCUUCUGCUUAUGUGGCGAAUUCCAGCUUUGGAAGGUUGGUGAUGUCUGAAGCAGGGUCAGCUAACGCAAUCCAUUUGAACGAAUUUGCUCGUUCACUUACCACCUCUCUUGACAACGUAAAGCUGGAUGACAUUCUUGCCAGCGGUGCGAUGAUCAAGGGCUGCGGCGCGCAAGGUCAUCAGAUCCCUGAUGAUGGCGAUUUGACCAGACUCGUGCACGCGCCAAACAAUGACACAAUGAGCAUCAUCAUCUGGCGAUGGAUCGAGCCUAGAGAUGGUCUCGGGCCAGCCUUGACGGUGGAGUCCGGCGAAGGGAAUUUGGUAGGUGUAGGUGGUGUCGUCAGCAGCGCGCUUGUGGCGGGUGAGGGAGACGAUCAUGUCGUCGAAUGUGCGGUCAAGGCUGGACAUUGUUGUUUUGGCUGCUGUGGCCUCCGCGGCAGGCUCUGGUGCUUGGUUGGUCAUGUUGGAAAGAGACAGAUGAGAGAGUGUGUUGUUCAAAGCUGGACUUAUCGCUCUUCAAUCAGCUUCACUUCGAUUCUCGUUCGUCAAAGUACUGACUCACUUGUGCUGGCUGCCUAACGCGACUCUCGUGGCCCAUCUUCUGAUGUUGCUGAUCCGCGCUUACUGAUCACAACACCCUGC